AUAUAAAAAACAUUGAAAGGAUUUUGAUAUUUAGUUAAAAUUAAAUAUGUUGUAGUCACGUAUUGUUCGGUACGUAUGUUCGUAAAAGAUUAAGUUUAAUAAAUUAUCGGCUAUACUAAUUAAGCUGCACCCAUAUUUAGUUGUAUGCGAUGAAAUCUUUAAUAUUAAUCUCUGUAAAUAUUUCUUGGGAAUAUUCGAAUCACGAAGGUUUUAAGCAGUCUAUAUUUUUAAAUUGGAUAGCGCACAUAUUAUAUACGAUAUAAGAUAAUACUAUUGUAAAAAAUACAUAAAAGGUUCUCAACUUGUCACGUGACCCUAGUGGGCAUACGACGAUUGCACGAGUCCAUAUUCCAAAUUUUAUGGGCCUGCCUUAUAUAGAGGUAUAUUUUAUGGUUUGUCCGGAGAAGAUGCACAUAGUAACGUGUCGUCCACUUCUUUACCUAGAGCAGCAUGGAUUAAUGUUCCAGAAUUUAAAUAUAUAUGCAGUUGUAAAUAAGGCAGACAUAAAGAUAUCGAGGCGGAUUCUAGAUGUAUGUACAUAUAUGUAAAUACAAUCACACCUUUACCGUAAAGGAGAUCAGGAUACAGAGUAUAUUCAAGCCGGCUAUACCAGACUUGAGAACUCUUUCAAUCGUUCGCUUUGAGUAGUAUUUUAUAUAAUUGUCAAAUUAUGCAAUCAGACGAAGUGCCCAGGGGGAGGCUUUGGGUGGUUGCAUCCCGCGACAACAUUUAAAUUGAAUGGAAUUUUUUGAAUUGACAACUAGACAGACUUGCAAUUGCAUAUUGUCUUAACAACUGCCAAUCGAUGGACUCAAAUUAUGUGCAAUUUUACGAAUUGAGCAAGGACUGUCUCUUUGGCAAUCGACUAAUUUACGGUCAGCACUUGCAGUUGACGGUCAGAAUGGAUCGGACUAAUAUUGUGAGGCUCUGGCUGUGCAUUAACGUAAGCCUGGUCACUGCUAAAGAGCUUAAGAUAACCUUUUGGGUCGAGCCAGUACAGAGAGCAGAGUUUGAAACUGAUAUUGCAUCUGUUCUUAAGGAGCUGAAAACUUUGCAGUUGGAUACGCGGAUCAGCGAUGCGGUGGUGCAACUAAGUCGCACCGACGACCAACAGGACAUGGACAGCUUCUGUGAGAUUCUUGGCAGCGUGGGCAGUUCGGUGAUUAUCGAUCUGAGUUACAGUCGCUGGUCUCACGGCUACGAGCUGGCUCAUACACAUGGCUUUGCUUAUAUGCGUUUUGACCGGAUAAUGCGUCCCUUUCUGAAUAUGUUUGCCGAUUUUAUGCGCCAGAAGCAGGCCAAUAAUGUGGUUAUGAUUUUCCAAAAUUCCCGCGACACCAUGGAGGCCAUGAAGCAGCUAAUGACCGGUUAUCCAUUCCGCGCUCUUAUUCUGGACGCCAGUGAUAAGCAAUCGGAGGACUUUGUUGAGCGACUGGUUCGAUUGAGACCCGCUCCCAAUUACUAUGCCAUAUUUGCCCGCGGCGCUGCUAUGAAUGGAAUCUUUGAGCGCGUCAAUAUGGGUAACCUUUUCCAGCGGCCCACCGAAUGGCAUUUCGUUUUUCUCGAUACCAGAGAUCGCGUUUUCAAAUACAAACAACAGGUGGAGUUUUCUACGCGCUUCACCUUAAACGCACGUGCCAUCUGUCGAUCGAUGCAGAUGCGAGACCUUUACUGUGGCAGUGGAUUCACGUUACAACGCGCCUUGCUGUUGAGUGUGCUAAGGAGUCUGAUUGACUCGGCGGAGAUGAGUCCAGAGUUUCCAGAGCCAGUUUAUCUAAACUGCAGCAGCAGUAUUGAAGCAGGUGGUGGAGCUGCAGCCAAAAGCCUGGAGAAUGUACACUGGAACAACUUUGUGGGGUAUGUGCCGAGCAGCGAGGAUCCCUAUACCACCGAAGCGCUGAUUGAGGCGAGCGAUGAGGAGUCGGUGCCACAUUUGACGUUUGUGGCCAACAUUUCCGCAGGCUACUAUUCGAGCGAACAUGAGGCCAAGACGGAUUUGGCCAUUUGGGUAUCGGGCACACUGCGACUUCUCAAUGAGACAAUUAGUCCAACUAGACGUUUUUUUCGAAUCGGCACCGCUGAGAGCGUGCCGUGGAGCUAUUAUCGUCGCAAUCCGAACACUGGUGAGCUGAUCCUCAGCAAAAGCGGUGCUCCCAUCUGGGAGGGCUACUGCAUUGAUUUUAUAAAACGGUUAGCAGAGAAGCUCAACUUUGACUACGAAAUCGUUGCACCCGUACAGGGGCACAUGGGCGAGCGCAACGAGCGGGGCGAGUGGGAUGGCGUAAUUGGCGAUUUGGUAAGUGGCGAGACGGACUUGGCCAUCGCUGCACUUAAGAUGUAUUCGGAGCGUGAGGAAGUGGUUGACUUUCUACCACCCUAUUACGAACAGACUGGCAUUUCUAUAGUGAUGCGAAAACCGAUUCGACGCACCUCGCUGUUCAAGUUUAUGACGGUGCUGCGGCUUGAGGUCUGGUUGAGCAUCGUUGCCGCCCUGGUGGGCACAGCAUUGAUGAUCUGGUUCAUGGAUAAGUAUUCACCCUAUAGCUCACGCAAUAAUCGCGACGCUUAUCCAUAUGAAUGCCGCGAGUUUACGCUUCGGGAAAGUUUCUGGUUCGCCCUGACCUCAUUCACACCGCAAGGCGGCGGUGAGGCUCCGAAAGCCGUUUCCGGACGCUUGCUAGUUGCUGCAUAUUGGCUGUUCGUGGUUCUCAUGCUCGCCACGUUUACGGCCAACUUGGCUGCGUUUCUUACGGUGGAGCGUAUGCAGACGCCUGUACAGUCGUUGGAGCAGCUGGCGAGACAAUCUCGCAUUAACUAUACGGUGGUCAAGGACUCUGACACGCAUCAGUACUUUAUAAAUAUGAAGUUCGCCGAGGAUACGUUGUAUCGCAUGUGGAAGGAGCUGGCAUUGAAUGCAUCCAAGGACUUUCGAAAGUUUCGAAUUUGGGACUAUCCCAUUAAGGAACAGUUCGGACAUAUUUUGCUAGCCAUUAAUAGCUCAUUGCCGGUCGCGAAUUCUACAGAAGGAUUUAAAAAUGUGGAUGCGCACGGCAAUGCGGAUUAUGCUUUCAUACACGAUUCAGCAGAGAUCAAGUACGAGGUAACUAGAAACUGCAAUCUGACAGAGGUUGGUGAGGUGUUUGCCGAGCAACCCUAUGCUGUUGCCGUGCAGCAGGGCAGCCAUCUGGGUGAUGAGCUGAGCUAUGCAAUUUUGGAACUGCAAAAGGAUCGCUUUUUCGAAGAGCUCAAAGGCAAAUAUUGGAAUCAAUCAAAUUUGCGCCUGUGUCCACUGUCUGAUGACCAGGAAGGUAUCACCCUGCAGAGCUUGGGUGGUGUUUUCAUAGCCACCUUGUUUGGCCUUAUUAUAGCCAUGAUAACGCUCGUCAUUGAGAUAAUGUACUACCAGAAAAAGCAGAAGUCCUUGGCGCUGGUAACCCAGGUUAAGCCUCUGGAUAUGAACGAGUUCACAAAAUUUGCCUGGCUUAACACAGAAGGGAAAGACAAGGAUAUAACAAAGAAAGUUAAAGCACCACCCAAGAAGCCAACUAAAGUGACACCGCCACCUUCAUUUGAAACUGCUACGUUUCGAGGCAGGAAGACAGCUGAAACUGUAACGCUGGGUACUGGAAAGCUUAAACCCGGUGCUCGAGAACAUGGGCUACAUUUUCGUCGGGACCUAACCGACGCACAGUCUCGCAUAGCUUAUAUAGAAUAAAUUGAUCAUACUUUUCUCAA